AGACAGAGCAAAGCCACAAUGCUUUCUCCGCUGGAUUAAAGACAGCCCACAGACCAGAACUUCCAUUAUACUAUUUAAAAUUACAUAGGUAGCUUGUCAAAUUCUAUUGAUUAGUACUUUAAGAAGAAAAAGAAGUUUCUUAUUACAGCUUGGAUUCAACGGCCCCAAACCAAAAUGCAGCUGCCAUUCGAGUCACAGAUGAACAAACUUCAACACUGAUUUUUAAAAUCAAGGAUAAGGCAGCAAGUGUCUGGAUUCCUUUUAUCAACAGAUACAAAAAGACGCUGUUGUGCAACCCCAUUUCAAAAUGAAGGCUUUUAUCUGGAUCCUGGGUGUGUUCAUCUUCACAUUAAUGAGCACUCAACGCUGCGGAGGAGGACAAUUCAAAAUAAAACAAAUAACUCAAAGGAGAUACCCUCGGGCUGCAGAUGGCAAAGAGGAAGCAAAGAAAUGUGCGUACACAUUCCUAGUACCCGAACAAAAAAUAACAGGACCCAUCUGUGUCAACACCAAAGGGCAAGAUGCAGGUACCAUUAAAGACAUGAUCACCAAGAUGGACCUUGAAAAUCUGAAGGAUGUGCUCUCCAGGCAGAAGCGGGAGAUAGAUGUCUUGCAACUGGUGGUGGAUGUUGAUGGAAACAUUGUGAAUGAAGUAAAGCUGCUGAGAAAAGAAAGCCGUAAUAUGAACUCCCGUGUUACUCAACUCUAUAUGCAAUUGCUACACGAGAUUAUCCGUAAGAGGGAUAAUUCGCUUGAACUAUCCCAGUUGGAAAACAAAAUCCUCAAUGUCACCACAGAAAUGCUGAAGAUGGCAACUAGGUACAGGGAACUAGAGGUGAAAUACGCUUCCUUGACUGAUCUUGUCAAUAACCAGUCAGUGAUGAUCACUUUGUUGGAGGAACAGUGCUUGAGGAUGUUUUCCCGACAAGACACCCAUGUAUCUCCUCCUCUUGUCCAGGUGGUGCCACAACACAUUCCUAACAGCCAUCAGUACACUCCUGGUCUGCUGGGAGGUAAUGAGAUACAGAGGGAUCCAGGCUAUCCCAGGGAUUUAAAACCACCACCUGAUCUGGCAACAGCUCCCACCAAAAGUCCUUUCAAGAUACCACCAGUAACUUUCAUCAAUGAAGGACCAUUCAAAGACUGUCAGCAAGCAAAAGAAGCCGGACAUUCCAUCAGUGGGAUUUAUAUGAUUAAACCUGAAAACAGCAAUAACCCGAUGCAGUUAUGGUGCGAAAACAGUUUGGACCCCGGGGGCUGGACUGUUAUUCAGAAAAGAACAGAUGGCUCUGUCAACUUCUUCAGAAACUGGGAAACUUAUAAGAAAGGGUUUGGGAACACUGAUGGAGAAUACUGGCUUGGACUGGAAAAUAUCUAUAUGCUUAGUAACCAAGAUAAUUAUAAGCUGCUGAUUGAAUUAGAAGAUUGGAGUGAUAAAAAAGUCUAUGCAGAAUACAGCAGCUUUCGCCUGGAACCUGAAAGUGAAUCCUACAGACUGCGCCUGGGAACUUACCAAGGAAAUGCAGGGGAUUCUAUGAUGUGGCAUAAUGGUAAACAAUUCACAACACUGGACAGAGAUAAAGACAUGUAUACAGGAAACUGUGCCCACUUUCAUAAAGGAGGCUGGUGGUACAAUGCCUGUGCACAUUCUAACUUAAAUGGAGUAUGGUACAGAGGAGGACACUACAGAAGCAAACACCAAGAUGGAAUUUUUUGGGCUGAAUACAGAGGAGGGUCCUACUCCUUGAGAGCAGUCCGGAUGAUGAUCAAACCUAUUGACUGAAAUAGGACGGUGGUCUCCUAUUUAAAAUGACAUAGAACGCUGUAUUUUCUGGUUCUUAAAAAUGUAAAUGUUACAUGUAUAUUGUUUUGCACAAUUUAUUUCUGCAGAUAUAGUUUCUACAAUGAAUUUUACUGUAACUAUAAAAAGGGACCUAUGAAUGCCGCUUCAUUUUCUUCCAAUAUACUGCAGAAGACUAUUUGUAUCUAUGGUCUAGUUAUUUUAAAAAUCUUAUCAACUAAAUACAGGCAAAGUUUGUUUCUAAAAUGUAAAUACCACAAUGUAAAACAAAUAGUAGCUUUAUUUUAAAUCAAAACUGAUUGUGUUCUAGAUACUUAAAUAUUUAAAAACAUUGAUUGCUUGAAUUUCCAAUGGAAAAAUCAUUAAGAUUUCAAUGAAGCAAUGCAUUUUAUUUAUAAAAAUCUGGACAAGAAAUUAGAGAGAAAACUCUAGUUUUGCAAAUAGGAAAUACAUUUUACAUUGAAUGGAAGUUUUCUCAA